AUGCAAUCAAAUAAUCCUUAAAUCAAUUCACGCCAAACCUAAAUCAAAUUACCAACCUAAUUAGAAGAAUAAAAUUUAGGUAAUACUACUCAAGUUCCUUAUGCCAUUACAAAGAACCCUAUAGUUUAGAGAAGAGAAUCAAAAAGAAAAACAAGUACUUGA